AUGUACCGCUUGGCUCGGUCGUCCAAACUUGGCAAGGCACUCAGCACCACCAGUGACGAGACUUCUGGCGGCCAAGAUGAAAAGACUUCAGCUGAACCAGAAGCACUGAGCGUUCCAGCUGCCAGAGACAAUCACGCAUCGGGCAAGCAUAAACCGCCAAAGUCAACGCUAGGGCUGCAGAUAUUGCAUGAUUGUGACGAGCCAACUAUUGAGUGCGCCUUGCAGCUGAGCGGUCCUAGAAAUGAGAUGGGUGCUAAUGACUGGCUUAGCAUCGUAGCCGUGCAUGGCCUCGGCGCGAAUCCGGAUUACGCCUGGAUCUGGCUGCCCAAGAACAACCCUCCUGAUAGCCCCGGGUAUCCCGACGAGCCGUUCAACUGGUUGCAGAAACUACUGCCUGCCAAACUGUCUUGUCGAGUUCUGGCCUUCAACUACGAUUCGGCAUGGUUCGCAAAUGCUCCCCAACAGAGGCUCUCGCACAUUUCCGACAACCUACUGGACAGUCUUCGACACCAACGUGACGAGGUUGGUGUGAUAAUCAUAAGGGCCUUGCGACUCGUGGCCCUCGCUAACAGUCUGCGGAAACAGGUCACUAAUCGGCCCUUGAUCUUCAUCGGCCACAGUUUUGGGGGCAAUGUCAUCGAACAGGCCAUCGUCUCCGCGUCCAGGCAUUGCUCAGAGUACUUGUCCAUUGCCGAGUCCACUGCCGGGGUCAUCUUUCUGGGGACGCCUCAUCGAGGCAGUCCCGCUGCACGUUGGGGUGCAAUGAUUGCAUCUCUCGCAUCGCCCGGCUUUGUUACCGAAGACAGGCUGCUGAAAGCCUUGGAUGAGCAGUCGGAUUCACUGGCGGAUCGUCUGCGCGACUUCUCCCGCUGGCUCUUUUCCGAUUCGGUGCCGGUUGUCUGCGCGUUCGAGCAGCUCAUGACAGACUACUCGUCCCGGGCGGGUUUCGUGGGAAAGUUGCUGCCUUCCAAGGAAUUGAUUGUUCCCGAGUCCAGCGCCUGCAUCGACGGCCAUCACAGGAUAGCUCUCAACACUGACCAUCUCAAAAUUAACAAAUUCUACGGGCCCGACGACCCUUCUUUCAAGCGCAUCUACCCUCACAUAGUGCGCAUGGUUGAGACCGCCUGUCAAAGACUCAAUCGCCGUCGCAACCCAAUAGCGAUUCCAACAGACGAAAGUUGUGCGUCUGACGACCUCAAAAAAUGCCUACGGAAGAUGAGAGUGACCAAUCCCCUCGACGUCCUGUCAAACAUUCACGCCCAAAAAGGAGAAAGAGUAGAGAAUACCUGCCAGUGGAUUCUGAACCGAGAGGAGUUCUCUGCUUGGGCCGCAAGCAAAGAUGCACAGCUUCUUCGCCUUGUCGGCUCACCUGGUAUUGGAAAGACCAUCAUGUCAACAUUUCUAGUCGAAGUGCUCAGGGAGAAGGUUGAGAAGACUGCCGACAAGACAUUUGCCUACUUUUUCUGCGACGACAAGAACCAGGACCGGAAGACGCCAACGGCAAUAUUGAGAAGCCUCGUGUGGCAGCUGUUGCUGCAGAGGAACGAGCUCUUUCGGCAUGUCCAGCCCGACUUUGAGAAGCACGCUGGUGACCGCGUCUUUGAGGAUUUCUUCAACAGUUUCUCCGCUCUCUGGCGGGUUUUCUGCUGCACGCUCCAGGACGAGCGUGCAGGUGAAGUCUUCAUCCUCAUUGAUGCCCUGGACGAGUGCGAAAGUUCGACUCGCCAGCAUUUGCUCGUUUCCAUCAAAAAACUCUUUCAGUUACCCCCUGGAAAAGUCCGACGGAACAUUAAGCUCCUCAUUACCUGUAGACUUCAGAUCAGUGAUAUUGAAGAUGAGCUACAGGGCGUUGGCGUUUCCGUGCAAAUGGGCUCUGCAGUCAUCAAUGAUGACCUGGCCAAGUACAUUGAUGACAAGGUCGGCGACCUAGCCAGCAAGAAGAAAUACACACCAAGCUUGAAGCAAAAAGUCAGCGAAACCCUGAAACGCGAGGCCGGGAGCACCUUUCUCUGGGUAUCCCUCAUGAUUGCCGAGCUAAGGGCUGUUCUAAUGCAUCAAGUGGAGGAGAAAUUAAAGGACCUUCCUCAUGGCAUUGAUGAUACGUAUGCCUCGAUUCUGGACCGAAUCCCGAGAGAAAAUACGGAAACUGCCCAGUUCAUCUUGCGCUGCAUGGCUGUGGCCAGGCGCCCUCUGCGAAAAACUGAGAUCCAAACCGCCUUUGCAACAUGGAAGACGGGCUUAGUACGACGUGGCGAAGACGGGGCAGUUUACGCCGACAUCCUCUCGGUUUGUAGCUCGAUCCUCUAUGUUAGUAGCGGAGAUGAUGCAACCAUCAACUUCUGUCACCAGUCAGUGAAAGACUUCCUGCUGCUCAAACGCUCGAAAAUCAACAAGUGGUAUCAUACGGCAGAAGCCGAGGCGAACCUCCAAAUCUUCAAGGCUUGCUGGGCAUACUUGAGCGCAGAGGCAUUCAACAACGGUAAGAACGCCUCGGACCUGCGGCGUCAAUUUUCGCAGCAUUUGUUUUUGGAAUAUUCGUCCCGCGAAUGGGACAAUCAUGCCACAGCAAGUUAUCCGGCGGUGCUAGGCGACUGGCACGAGCUAGCCACCAACGUUACAAAGGCGCCAAUGCUGCGAGACGCUUGGCUACUACGGGCAGCCCGAGAGGGACAAGAGGGCAUCGCCAGGCUGCUUCUCGAGAAUGGAGCCGAGGCCAACUUCAAAGACAGCAAGUAUGGUCGGACGCCGCUGUUGUGGGCCUCGGAGAAGGGGCACGAGGCCAUUGUCAAGCUGCUUCUCGAAAACGGCGCCAAGGCUGACUCCAAGGACAGCGUGUAUAAUCGGACCCUGCUCUCGCUGACUUCUCGGAAUGGACAGGAGGCCAUUGCUAAGCUGCUCCUCGAUCAUGGGGCCGAGGUUGACUCUAAGAGUACGAAUGGCCGGACGCCGCUCUCAUGGGCCGCCGAGAAAGGGCACGAGGCCGUGGUCAAGCUGCUUCUCCAGAACGGCGCCAAUGUUCACAUUGCGGACAAGACUGGCCGGACGGCGCUCUCGUGGGCCGCCGAGAAAAGGCACACGGCCGUGGUCAAGCUGCUUCUCCAGAAAGGUGCCAAGGAAGAGCGCGAAGCCACUGCCCAUCUCCCGGUCCAGGUUGAAGUAAUCGACCAGGCUGACGCCGACUCCGACUCACACCAGGACCCAGACGGGCAUUCCGACUUGCCAGCAGUUGGAAAUGGGAGACGAUUCGGUGGCCACUGGGGGACGUACGUAUUUGCACAGGACAACAUCUUCCGCAACGAGAAGAACGCCUUCAGGGAGGGCGUGGAGCUGAUGAAGCAGGGAGGCAAUCUGUCGCUGGCGGCGCUGUUGCUCGAGGCCGCCGUGCAGCAGCAUCCGGACCAGGUCGAGGCAUGGCUGUAUCUCGGCCAAGCUCAGGCGCAGAACGAGGAGGAGACGGCAGCGAUCCUGGCUAUGGAGCAGGUGCUGAAGCACGACGCGAACAACCUGGAUGCACUCAUGUCUCUGUCAGUAUCAUACUCCAACGAGGGGUAUGAUAGCGAAGCCGUCCGAACCUUGGAGCGGUGGUUGUCGGUCAAGUACUCAAACAUCAUGGAUCCCAAAGACGUCUCGCCCAAGCGUGAUCUGAGUUACAGGGAUCGGAAGCGCCUCUACCACAAAGUCGUUCGUCUCUUCUCCGAAGCGGCACAGCUGAGCCCCGACAGAGAGUACGCGGAUCCAGACGUGCAGGUCGGCCUUGGCGUGCUCUUUCAGGCCGUCGCGGCGUACGACAAAGCAAUUGAAUGCUUCCAACUGGCGCUUCACUCGUCGGCGCUGGGCACGGCGAACCAGCACGACCAGGCCCAUCUGCUCUGGAACAGGCUGGGCGCCGUGCUCGCCAACAACGGGGCAUUCGAGGACGCCAUCGCCGCCUACGAGCAGGCGCUCUCCAUCUCGCCCAAUUUUGUGCGUGCCCGUUCCAACCUCGGCAUCAGCUGCAUCACGACCGACCCCCGGUUGGCGGUGUGCCACUUGCUCACCGCCCUCAAGAUACACAACUCGGUCGAGAAAUCGGGCCGCGCCAAGAUAUACGAGAUCCUGGGUGGCGGCAACCAUCAGGUCGGCGAGACGCUCGGCCGCGUCUCGGCCCCGAACAGGAGCAAGCAAUUGCACGACACGCUGCGAAGCGUCUUUCGCGUGAUGAAGCGGAAAGACCUAGAGGAGAAGUUGGUGGAAGACGUCGACCUGGAUGUCUUCCGGCCAGAGUUUGACUUUUGA